CCCCGUGAGGGCUCCAAGAUGGCGGCGGCGGCGCCGGGAGGCGGCGGCUCCUGCGGGGGAGGAGCGGGGAGCGGGGGGGGCCCCGGGAGCGCCGGGAACGGCACCGCGAGCGCCGGGAACAACGGCGGCAUGGAGGUGGAUGGGGCAGGGGCGCCCCAGGUGAUGGCCGGAGGAGUGACCGGCAGCGUGUCCGUGGCCCUGCACCCCCUGGUCAUCCUCAACAUCUCCGACCACUGGAUCCGCCUGCGCUCGCAGGAGGGGCGCAACGGGCAAGUGAUCGGGGCGCUGAUCGGGCGGCAGGAGGGCCGCAACAUCGAGGUGAUGAACUCCUUUGAGCUGCUGGCCCACGGCUCGGGGGGAGCCCUGCUCAUCGACAAGGAGUACUACUACACCAAGGAGGAGCAGUUCAAGCAGGUGUUCAAGGACCUGGAGUUCCUGGGCUGGUACACGACGGGGGGACCCCCCGAGCCCGCCGACAUCCACGUGCACAAACAGGUGUGUGAGAUCAUCGAGAGCCCCCUGUUCCUGAAGCUCAACCCCAUGACCAAGCACACCGACCUCCCCGUGAGCGUCUUCGAGUCCGUGAUCGACAUCAUCAACGGGGAGGCCACGAUGCUGUUUGCGGAGCUGCCGUACACGCUGGCCACCGAGGAGGCCGAGCGGAUCGGGGUGGAUCACGUGGCCAGGAUGACGGCCACGGGCGGCGGGGAGAACAGCACCGUGGCCGAGCACCUGAUAGCCCAGCACAGCGCCAUCAAGAUGCUGCACAGCCGCGUCCGCCUCAUCCUCGAGUACGUCCGGGCCGCCGAGGCCG